AUGUUCAAGUCUCAGACGCUGCUUCGGAGCAGUCUCUUGGCGGCGCUCGCUUUGGCCUUCGCCAUUUCUGCCACCGCCUCUCCCAUCGCUUCUCAACCGUUCGCAGACCUUCUUGCCAAGCGCGAGUCGACCAACAACGCCGAUGACCUUACCGUCGACCUCGGCUACUCCCAGUACAGAGGGACAUUCAACUCGAGCACCAACAUCAACUCUUGGAAAGGCAUCCGCUUCACCGCCCCGCCUACCGGCGAUUUUCGAUGGCAAGCUCCUCAACCUCCUUCCCUCAACCGCAGCAACGUCAUCGACGCUAGUCAGUAUGGCUCGCAGUGCCCUCAGAACCCGUUUGGAAACCCUGAAUACCAGGUCACUUCCGAGGCUCUCGAGGCAAACGAGGACUGCCUCUUCCUCAAUGUCUUCGCCCCUCAAAAUGCCAGCGGGCUGCCCGUCAUGGUUUGGAUUCACGGCGGUGGGUAUGGCGCGGGCAAUGGCCAAUACGAUUUCACCUCGAUCAUCAACGCCAACAACAACGAUUUCGUUGGCGUCGCCAUCCAGUACCGUCUUGGUGCCUUUGGCUUCCUCGCAUCCGACGAGCUCAGCCGCUAUGGUGUCGUCAACGCUGGUAUUCUCGAUCAACACUUUGCCUUGCAGUGGGUCCAGGCGUACAUCUCGCAAUUCGGCGGCGAUCCGCGCAACGUCACCAUCGCUGGUGAAUCGGCCGGCGGAGGCUCCGUGAUGCUCCAUUCGCUUGCUCAGGGUGGUACGCUCGGCACUUCCCUCUUCAAGAACGUCAUCGCCGCCAGUCCCUACCUCCCGCUCCAGUUCGGAUACAAGGACUUUGAGCCUUCGCAGUCGUACUACGCCUUUGCCGCCGAGGCUGGCUGCUUCAAUGGCACCGCUUACGGCAAGACGGCUCAAAACAUCUUCGAGUGCCUCCUCACCAAGGACACGCAGACACUUCAACAGGCUAACGUCAAAGUAUCUGCGAGCAGCUUCUUUGGCACGUGGUCCUUCCUCCCCGUUACGGAUGGAAAGUAUAUCCUCAGCGUCCCCUCGCAGCAGCUCAACGAGCGACGGGUCAACGGAAAGCACCUGCUCGUUGGCAACAACGCUGCCGAAGGAGGUCUCUUUGUGCCCAGGGACAUCGACACGGAGGAGAAACUCAAGACGUGGUUGAGCACCUUGUUGCCGCUCUUGACCAAGGAGGACAUCGAAACGCUCUUGCUUCACUACCCCGUUGACACGAGUGUCACCACCAAGUAUGCUACCAACGGCUUCGAGAUGCCCGACGCCAACAGCGUCUCGCCCGUCGCCACCGGUCAGCAGGCCAGAGCCGACAACAUUUAUGGCGAGCUCACGUUCGUCUGCCCGAGCUACUGGAUGUCGGAGGCCUACUCUGGAUCCGGCCGUGCCUCCUACCGCUACCAGUACAGCGUCGUCCCCGCUCUGCACGGCAAUGAUGUGGUGGGCUACUUUGGUCCCCCCUCCGCCGUGCAGUCUGCCGACUUUGUCAAGGCAUUCAUGAACAUCUACGGCAACUUUGUCACCAAGGAUGACCCGUCCAUCUCGGCUGCCCUGGCGUACGGCUCCAAUUACAGCGCUUCGGCUGACUCGCAGCCCAACGCGGCAGAGAAUUGGCCCAAGUACUCGGCGCACUCGCGCUAUCAGAUCAACCUCAAUCAGACCGGCGGGACCCCGGAGAGCAUGCCCUUCCUCUCAACCAAUGCCACUGUUUUGACGGAUCCUGGCCUGAGGAAUGAUUUCACAAAGGUCGACGCAUACAGCUGGGAGGGUUACCGCGGUCGUCGAUGCGACUACUGGAGAUCCAUCUCCAACUUGCUGCCCAACUAA